UUAAUUAAUAUCUUGUCUCAGAUCUUUAAAGACGUGUGCUGCCAUCGGGAGAUCAUGGCGCUCAAGGUCUACUGUCGCAGCCACGCCAACGGUUGCCAGGAGACCAUGAGUCUGCAGCAGAUCCCGGAGCACCUGAAUGUGUGUCCCUUCUACGAGGUCCCCUGUCCUCUGGGGAAGUGUAAGGAGCGAAUGAUGAGGAAAGACAUCCCCGAUCACCUGAGCUGGAAGUGUAAACACAGAGAGACCAGCUGCGAGUUCUGCAAGACCAAGAUGCCUCUGACCGACCUGCAGGUAGGCAUGACAUCACCGGGACAUCACUAUGACAUCACUAUGACAUCACUGGGACAUCACUACGACAUCACUAUGACAUCACUGGGACAUCACUACGACAUCACUAUGACAUCACUACGACAUCACUAUGACAUCACUGGGACAUCACUGGGACAUCACUAUGACAUCACUGGGACAUCACUAUGACAUCACUGGGACGUCACUGGGACAU